AUGACUCUGCCCCCUCAACCGCCUCACUCAACUGCUGCUCCUCCUCCCCCGCCACCCCCGGCGCCUCAGCCCAUCAGCCAGCCUCCGUCAACUCACAGUCAUGCAAUGGGCCAGUUGCCGGGCCCCCCGCCUCAGUGGCAGGGCGCCGAGGAUUCCAUGAGAAGUUGGUUGGCCGCCAAGACUGAGGAGGAGCGGAGAAGACAGGAGGAGGAGAAGACCAGACAGGAAUCUUUGCGCCUCGAGCAGCGACGCAUCGAGGCCGACAUGCUGCGGACCUCUCUGAGCGGCGGAAUUCCUCCACCCAUCGUGCCGCUGGUCUUCGCCGGCAUGGGGGGUGGUGUUUUGCCUCCGGCGGCUAUGGAGUGGGCACAACAGUUCCUGAACCCUCAUGUACCCUGGUGUUCCCUCGACUCCAAGCUCGGCCCCCGGGCCGCAUGGGUUCACGGCAUACCCAGGCUCUCCGGGAACGAGAGGCAGGGCUACGACGCUGUCCUCUACUGGCUCGAUUUCUCGACCUCUCGGAUCAUCGAACUUGCCAAGCCUGAACACAAAUGUGCCGCAUCUGCGGCAGCUCAGCAAGAGGCCCAGCCCAGCCCGUCCAUUUACUUUCACCAUUGGCAUCCGCCCACAUCUCAAGCCGGAGGAGGCUCUACACAGCCUGCGACACCCUCCGGUGCGUCCAGCAAGACCAAGAGAAAGCGAGAGUCGCUUUAG